UGUCCCACACUCUCGGUACUUCCUGCCUUCCAUUCCUUCCGCCACACGUCCCCACACAUUCGUUCUAUUAAGCAAGAGAAGGAGCCUGACAGGUAUACCUCAUCUCUCUCUCCGCCUGUCAGUCAAGUUGGUCAAACCGAUUGAAUACCCACACAUUAUGGUCAGAAUGGCGCCCAUUUUGAAUCCACGGAAGCUCGAUGGCACAAAGCCCAACACCGAUGCGCUUGGAAUCAUCUAUGUUAUCCUCGCCAUCGUCUACACACUCAUCUUAGCUGGCGAACUCUAUCUUCUGUAUAAACGCCGUUCAGCUUUUUGCGUACAAAUAAGGAACAUCAAAGUUGUCUUUGCAGCAGUGUCAAUGCUCCAUGUCUAUCUUGUCCUUGUAUUGUUGGUCUAUCCUUGGAACGGCCUCUUCCCAUGCUCAGCAGAAUUCUGGAUCAUGUCCGUAUUCCUUCCUUCUGGCAUGGCCUUCUUCCAGGCUUGCAACGCGAAAGUGUUGACAGCCUACCAGACACAGCGUAGGCUAACACGCAACUUCCUUGAAGGCGCCCGUAAGAAGCGCAUCUCAUACACACCCAAAGGUCUCCUUGAAGCCUGGAAAGAUCUUGAUGCAGCGAGACAGGUCUACAUUGGUACUCUUAUCGGUUGGGUAGUAUCAUUCAUCCCCGCCAUCAUACUAUUUUUUGGCUCUCGCCGCUUCCAUGCGUCUUACGGCUUCUUCGAAGUACCAUCUGACUAUUUCUCGUGCCGUACAGGGUUCGAGUGGAUCCCCUCUAUCUUGAUACAGCUAUUCUGGACGGUAAUCGUUGGCCCUUGGAUACUAUGGAAGAUUCGACACAUCAAAGACGUCCACUCUUGGGCCUGGCAAACUAGGCUGGCCAUCAUUGCAGGUUUACCCGGUACACCACUUUGGAUAGCGUUCACCUAUUCGCAACUACCCGCAAUUACGCGCAUAAACUAUUACUUUGCUCCUGCUGGCUGGUUCAUUCCGUCCCUAGUCGUCUGCCAGCAAGUGCUCAUCCUCAUUCCUCUCCGCGAUGCCCUCAAAUCACAACCUCGGCAACGACCCAUGUUAACGUCGGAAACCGAAUCUCUUACAUCCACUCAAUCCUCCGUAUCAUCGAAGUCGUCCGCCGUGGUCUUCAACAAGGAGCUGAAGUCAAAAGCGUCGAUGCAAGCUCUUGAGUUUAGUAUCGAGCACAGCAUUGAACCCUUGAUCGCAUGGGCAGCCUCACGAGAAUUCACGGCCGAGAACACCAUAUUCCUGCGCGAAGUGCGAAAUUUCAAGAAAAAGUGGUCGGUUCUAAAGGUCGUGAGCACUGCUCAACGACGCCAGAUGUUCAACGAAGCAUCACUUAUUUACUUUACGCUCGUCAAUCCUUUCACCGCCGAAACGCCUAUCAACAUUGAAUACAAGAUCUUCAAGACCCUCCAAUGCACAUUCUCGGGCGUCGAGUUUGAUCCAUACAUGCCUCGCAGUCAGACACCGGACGACAUCAAAUCGCCCGUUGCGAGAGAGAAUGUUGUAUGUCCAUGGGAAGAUACGCUUAGUCGGUCAGCAAGUAUCGCCUCGAACCAGACCGCAUCUUCAGCAUCGAGUACGAGAAGUAUCGUACCAAGCGAGUUCACGGAAGACGUGUUCGACGCGGCAUUUGAGAGUAUCAAGUACCUAGUCUUCACCAAUACGUGGCCGCGCUACGUCGACGCUGAGCUAGGUGGAAAGGCAGCAUCACCAUGAAUGCCAGAGUGGCGCUCCAAAUA